AAUACGUUUUUUUCUUUCUUUUGACAAGGACAUACCUCAAAUUGAUAUGGGUGAAUUUGUAAUUAUUAUGGGAGAUAGUACGAAAUAACAAAUACAUUAAUAUGGAUGAUUUGUAAUUAUUAAAAAUUUAGUGUCAUAAUUAAAAAUAAUAGUUUUUUAAUGAAUUAUUAAGUAGUAUAUUUUAAAACCACUAUAUUUACGACAACUCAAUUAGGUACAUUACCCAAUUUUUUCGGUUUGGUAAUGAAGUUAUACGUGAAAUAAAAUACACCAUUCUUUUUUCUUAUAAAAUGGAGUGGAGAGAACAUUAGAUACACAAAGCAAAAUAUUCAUAACUCAAAGCAAACUAGCUCAUCAAAUCAUCAAUGUCAAAACAAAGGUUGGAGGGUAAGGUUGCUAUAGUGACAGGAGCAGCAAGCGGAAUAGGGGAAGAUGCAGUGAAGACAUUUGUCGAAAACGGAGCAUUCGUAGUUAUAGCAGACAUCAACCACGAAUUAGGUCACCACCUCGCAACUUCGAUCGGCUUAGACAAAGUGAGUUACCACCACUGUGACGUGAGAGAUGAAAAACAAGUUGAACAAACUGUAUCUUUCACCUUGGAGAAAUACGGAACCCUAGACAUCAUGUUCAGCAACGCUGGAAUUCCAGGUCCUAUGUCGAGUAUACUAGAAUUUGAUUUGAACAAAUUCGACAACACCAUGGCUGUGAAUAUUCGAGGCGUGGCUGCAACUAUCAAGCAUGCUGCACGUGUCAUGGUGGAUCGAAAAAUCCGAGGAUCGAUAAUAUGUACUGCUAGUGUGGCUGCCACGGUUGCUGGAGGUGGUGGCCAUGAUUAUGUUACAUCCAAACAUGGUCUUAUAGGACUUGUACGUUCAACAUGCAGUGAGCUUGGAGCUUAUGGGAUCAGAGUUAAUUCUAUUUCACCGUAUUUAGUUGCAACGCCUCUUGUAUGUAGGACACUUGGUAAGGAACAGGGUGAAAUUGAGGCUAAUGGAAAUGAUAUUGGUAACUUGAAAGGAGUUACGUUGAAGGGUAAGCAUAUUGCAGAAGCUGCUUUGUUUCUUGCCUCGGAUGAAUCUGCUUAUAUUAGUGGACACAACUUGGUGGUUGAUGGAGGCUUCUCUGUUAUUAAUACCUCUUUUCCUAGUAUUAUUAAAAAGUAGAUUUACAUACUGCCAAAGUAUGUUAUCUUUGAAAAAGUAAUAGUAGGUCUGCUGAGACUGAGAGUGACCAGUUGCGUAUUCAAGAUGAUAUGUCUAAGGCGUGCAGUGCAUGUACUCACCCUCUUCCAUGUGUGGGCCCUCCCUUAAUGUGUUUCCUUGAUGUAACCCAUCACAAUUGUCUAGGAGUUUCUUUAUGAUGAAGCUUAUCAUUUUA